AUGUCUUCUGCGAUGAAAACUGCUGAGGACACUGUUGAGGAGGAUGCUACGGAAAUGCGUUUUCCUAAAGAAUUUGAAUCCCAAAAUUGCGAUGCACUUCUCACUUCGGAAGUGUUCUUAUUACUUGAGCACAGGCGACAGCAAAACGAAGCAAAAGAUGAAAUAGAAGACAUGAGUGAGGUUCGUACUACCUUUCUAAGUUGA